GCCGGAGCCGGAGGAGGAAGCAGUGCACGCGUCGGAAGGAGCGGCAGAAGGAGACCGUCAUGGCGGCGGCCGCCCAGCAAAUGCCAUCCCCGCGGCGGCCGGCGUCCCGAAGGCCUCGUCGCCCCGAAAACAGAGCCGGCCGGUUGUAACCCUCGCCACCGCCGUGCUGGUCUUCCUCGGCGUCAGAGACGGACGGGAGGCGGCGGGGUCUCGGGGAUGGCGGCCCCGGACCCCCCUCAGGCGCCGCCUCUACGGCUAGGCCCACGGCUCUGGGCCGGCGUGGAGGUGGCGCUGCGGGUGCCCAGCCUCUUCCUCAUCGACGCCAUCUUCAACUCACCCCCGGCCUUCCCCGGCGAGUCCCUCUGGAACAGCCUCUUGGGGGCGUUGCUGCGGCUGAUGGGUGUCUUUGUAUUCAUGGUUGUUCUUGUUCUGUCUCAAAGAGCACUUUUCAGGUUUUACGUGAUCAGCUGUGCUUUGCUGCUAGCAGCAACAUCAGUGUUGGUGAACUAUUAUGCUUUUUUGCACAUAAACUUCCACAGUGCCUCUUACACAACAGCUUUUGGAGUUCAGCUCCUUCCUCAGAAAGGACCUUCUUUAUGGAUGACUCUCAUUAUCCUUCAGCUUGCCUUUGGAAUUGGCUACGUUGCACUGUUAAAUAUCAACUCCAUAUACUCCCAGCUAAUCAUUCUGGAUUUAUUGAUUCCUAUUGCAGGCCUAGUUAUUGAAUUACCUUUACACAUCAGGCGGACUUUAGUCUUUUCCUCAGGCAUCAUUUUGACUUUCUACACCCUCGCCAUUUUAGCUUUGAAGAUGAAACGUUUCUACUACUCUACAAGGUAUGUUUUUCUUCUUAUAAGGCACAUGUAUCGCAUUUAUGGAUUACAAUUGCUGCUGGAAGAUACAUGGAAAAGGAUUCGUUUUCCAGCUGUAUUGCGUGUCUUUUGGCUAAUGAGGCUUACAGUUCAAGCUGUUUUACUAACUUACGUUGUCAAAAUGGCCGAAACUGAUCCAGGCGGAAAAUUCUACACAAUUUCUUGGGACAAUUUCUGGGAAUUACUUUGCAGCCUUAUUAUCAGUGGAUGUGAUUCAACUUUAACUGUGUUAGGCAUGAGUGCUGUAAUUUCAUCUGUAGCUCAUUAUCUGGGCCUUGGUAUUUUGGCCUUUAUUGGAUCUACUGAUGAAGAUGACAAGAGGCUUGGUUUUGUGGCACCAGUCCUUUUUUUUAUUUUGGCCCUGCAAACUGGCUUAAGUGGACUCAAGCCAGAAGAGAGACUGGUCCGUUUAAGUAGAAACAUGUGCCUUCUGCUGACUGCAGUCCUCCAUUUUAUCCAUGGAAUGACAGACCCAGUCCUAAUGUCUUUGAGUGCCUCCCAUGUGUCUUCAUUUCGCAGACACUUCCCAGUUCUCUUUGUCUCAGCUUGCUUGUUUGUUCUUCCAAUUUUGCUCAGUUACAUCCUUUGGAACCACUAUGCACUAAAUACAUGGCUGUUUGCUGUUACAGCAUUUUGCAUAGAACUCUGCCUGAAGGUUAUUGUUUCAGUCACUGUUUAUAUACUUUUCAUGAUUGAUGGCUACUAUAAUGUACUAUGGGAAAAGCUGGAUGAUUAUGUCUACUAUGUUCGAUCAACGGGCAAUAUUGUUGAAUUUGUAUUUGGAGUAAUUAUGUUUGGGAAUGGUGCUUACACCAUGGUGUUUGAAUCAGGAAGCAAAAUUCGGGCUUGUAUGAUGUGCCUACAUGCUUAUUUCAAUAUUUAUCUGCAAGCAAGGAAUGGCUGGAAAACUUUUAUAAACCGCAGGACAGCAGUUAAGAAAAUCAACUCACUUCCUGAAGUCAAAGGAGACCGAUUACGUGAAAUAGAUGAUGUGUGUGCAAUCUGCUAUCACGAGUUUACUGUAUCUGCCCGUAUAACUCCAUGUAAUCACUACUUCCAUGCACUUUGCCUUCGGAAAUGGCUCUAUAUUCAGGACACUUGUCCAAUGUGCCAUCAAAAAGUUUAUAUUGAGGAGAAGGAAAACACAAAUCUCUCAAAUAACAAUGGCUUUGUUGCACUUGAUGAAAAUGAACCAAAUGAAAAUCCUGUCCAAGAAGAAGCAGCUGCAGCCGAUGCUGAAAAUGAACUAAAUGAAGAUAAUGACAGUAUGGAGAGUGAAGAGGAAGAAGAAGCUGAGAGCUCAGCUCAGUGUGAUGUCUCAGUAUCUGAACAACACUCUGAUAAUUGAACAGGACUUUCACUGGUUUAAAAUGUCAUAUACUAAACACUGUGGGUGUUUGUAAAUAGUGGAGUUCAACAAUGGAAUAAAACCUUCACUUCAUCAGUGUGUAUCUAAGCACAAGAACAGUAUCUCAAAAUGUUGAAUCUGUGAAUGGGUUGUUAAUUUACUGUGAUGUGCUACUGUAAAUAUACCUCCAAUUACUGCUGGUCUCUUUUGAGACCACCUUAAUCUUUAUGUACAUUAUUGUACAUGGAAUAAAGUGUUUUCGCAUAUUUUUUAAAGAGUUGAACAAAACACUCCUUAAUUGAUGAUAAAAUGAUGAUGUGUAUGUUGGGUCAAGAUGACCAUACUUUGAUAAACUGAAACCACUUGUUUUUAGGAUAUGUUGAAAACUGGUCUGUCUUUCAAGGAGGCACCCAUUCAAACAGUAAACAAGAGCUAGUAUGUGAAAAUAUAGUUUCCAACUUGACAGCUAUAAUAAAGUUUAGGUUUCUCUUAA